GCUGAUUGGCUCCCGCGCCUGCGCGAGGCUGUUAUGCUGGUGAUCGUAGGAUGAAGUUGGGGUUGCAGUAAGCGCCCUCAGUCAGUCAGUCUCUGCACUCCGGGCCUCCAUCUCACCGCCGGACACCCGCCCACCGAGGGAAUAGCUCAUACACCACCCCGCCGGCCGAGCAGAUCUCCGUGACAUUAAGUAAAAACAAGCAACAUGUCUGACUUUGUGGAAAGCGAAGCAGAGGAGUCUGAAGAAGAAUACGAUGACGACGGAGAGGUGGUACAGAGGCCUACCAAAAAAUUUGUGGAAGAGGAGGAUGACGAAGAGGAGGAAGAAAAUCUGGAUGACCAAGAUGAGCAAGGAAACUUGAAAGGUUUCAUUAAUGAUGACGACGAUGAAGAGGAGGAGGAGGAAGAGGAAGCUAGAAGUGGGUCUGGAUCUGGAGGGUCAGAUGAUGAAGUUGGCCAUAAACGGAGAAAGCGAACAUAUGAUGAUCGUUUGGAAGAUGACGAUUUUGAUCUCCUUGAGGAGAACUUGGGAGUGAAAGUCACACGUAAAAAGUUCAGGCGACUUGUAAAGAUGCCUGAUGAUGAAGAUGAGGAGGAAGAAGACUCUGGAAAAGAGGAACAUGAGAAAGAGGCAAUUGCUGAGGAAAUCUUUCAGGAUGGGGAAGAUGAAGAGGGACGUGAGCCUGUGGAGCGGGGAGUUGUUGCCCCUGAAGAGGAAGAGGAGGAAGAUGACGAAGAAUCAGAUAUUGAUGAUUUCAUUGUUGACGAUGAUGGGCAGCCUUUGAAAAAACCCAAAUGGAGGAAGAAAUUACCAGGAUAUACUGAUGCUGCUUUGCAAGAAGCUCAAGAAAUCUUUGGAGUGGAUUUUGAUUACGAUGAAUUUGAAAAAUACAAUGAGGAUGAUGAAGAAAUGGAAGAAUAUGACUAUGAAGAUGAUGAUGCUGAAGGAGAGGCAAGGGUUAGGCCAAAGAAAACCGCCAAGAAGCGAGUAAGUCGGCGUAGCAUCUUCGAGAUCUAUGAACCCAGUGAACUGGAGAGUAGCCACCUUACUGACCAAGACAAUGAGAUCCGGACUACCGACCUGCCAGAGAGGUUUCAGCUCCGUUCCAUACCUGUUAAACCGGCUGAAGAUGAUGAGCUUGAAGAAGAAGCUGACUGGAUUUAUAGAAAUGCUUUUGCAACACCAACAAUAUCUCUACAGGAAAGCACGGACUACCUGGAACGUGGACAAGUUGGAGCCACCUUCAGCAGGAAGGGUCCAAGCACUAUACAGAAGAUCAGAGAGGCCCUAAAUUUCAUGAGGAAUCAGCAUUUUGAGGUCCCCUUUAUUGCAUUCUACAGAAAAGAAUAUGUGGAACCAGAACUUAAUAUUAAUGACUUGUGGCGUGUGUGGCAGUGGGAUGAAAAGUGGACCCAGCUGAAGAUUCGAAAGCAGAAUCUUAUCCGCCUUUUCCAGAAGAUGCAGGCUUACCAAUAUGAACAAAUAUCUGCAGAUCCUGACAAGCCUUUAGCUGAUGGAAUACGACCCUUAGAUACUACAGAUAUUGAAAGGCUGAAGGAUGUAAGGUCAAUGGAUGAGCUUAAGGAUGUGUACAAUCAUUUCUUGCUUUACUAUGGUCGAGAUAUCCCCAAGAUGCAGAAUGCAGCCAAGCUUAAUCAAAAAAAGCUGAAACGAAUUCAGGAAGAGGGAGAAGAAGAAGGUGCCGAAAAUGCAGAACCAGAAGAUGAAGAACAAAAGGGACCUGACUUAAAACAAGCUUCUCGUAGGGACAUGUAUGCAAUCUGCCAAAGUGCUGGUUUGGAUGGACUGGCCAAAAAAUUUGGUCUAACCCCAGAGCAAUUUGGAGAGAAUUUGCGGGACAGUUACCAACGGCAUGAAACUGAGCAGUUCCCUGCUGAGCCUCUAGAGCUAGCCAAGGACUAUGUGUGCAGUCAGUUCAGUACACCGGAAGCAGUACUUGAAGGUGCCAGGUACAUGGUUGCUCUGCAGAUUGCAAGGGAGCCUUUGGUGAGACAGGUUCUGAGACAGACCUUUCAAGAGAGGGGAAAGAUUAACAUUACCCCAACCAAAAAGGGACGUAAAGAGGUUGAUGAAGCCCAUUUUGCAUAUGCCUUCAAAUAUCUGAAAAACAAGCCUGUGAAAGAGCUGCGUGAUGAUCAGUUCCUGAAGAUGUGCAUUGCAGAGGAAGAAGGAUUGAUCACUCUAGAGUUCUGCGUUGACAUGAAAGAUGUAGAGGGAUAUGGCUCAGAUCAGACCUACUUUGAAGAGAUAAAACAAUUCUAUUACCGAGAUGAGUUCAGUCACCAGGUGCAGGAGUGGAACAGACAACGCACACUGGCCAUCGAGAGGGCUCUAAAACAAUUCCUAUACCCUCAAAUGGGCAAAGAACUAAAAAGCAAAGUUCUCCUGGAGGCCAAGGACUUUGUUGUCAAGGCCUGCAGUCGUAAGCUCUAUAACUGGUUGAAAGUAGCGCCAUACCGACCUGAUCAGCAGGUAGAGGAAGAUGAUGAUUUUAUGGAAGAAAACCAGGGAAAAGGAAUCCGUGUACUUGGCAUGGCUUUCUCCUCUGCCAGAGACCAUCCAGUGUUUUGCUCUUUGGUUAGUGGUGAGGGUGAAGUCACAGACUUUUUACGACUACCAUACUUUACCAAAAGGAAAAAUGCUUGGAGAGAAGAGGAGAGAGAGCGCAAGGCUCAUGAUAUGGAGGCUCUAAAAAAGUUUCUAAUCCAGAAGAAGCCUCAUGUGGUGGCUAUUUCCAGUGAAAACCGAGAUGCUCAAAUGAUGGUUGAAGAUGUUAAGCGCAUUGUUCACGAAUUGGAACAGGGACAGCAAAUGUCAACCAUUGGUGUGGAAAUGGUUGAUAAUGAACUGUCUAUGCUCUACAUGAACAGCAAAAAGUCUGAGAGUGAUUUCCGGGAUUACCCACCCAUUUUAAGACAGGCUGUUUCCAUUGCUCGACGUAUUCAGGACCCUUUAAUUGAGUUCUCCCAGGUGUGCAGCUCCGAUGAAGAUAUCCUGUGCCUGAAACUGCACCCAUUACAGGAGCAUGUGGUGAAGGAGGAGCUGCUGAAUUCCCUAUAUUGUGAGUUUAUCAACAGAGUCAACGAGGUGGGAGUUGAUGUGAACAGGGCCAUUGCUCACCCUUACACACAGUCGCUUAUCCAGUAUGUUUGUGGCCUUGGACCACGUAAAGGCACUCAUUUGCUCAAGAUUCUAAAGCAGAACAACACUCGACUGGAAAAUCGCACACAAUUGGUCACCAUGUGUCACAUGGGACCUAAAGUCUUCAUCAACUGUGCCGGCUUCAUUAAGAUAGACACAAACUCUCUUGGUGACAGCACGGACUCUUACAUUGAAGUGUUGGAUGGUUCUCGAGUUCAUCCUGAGACUUAUGAAUGGGCAAGGAAAAUGGCAGUAGAUGCUUUGGAAUAUGAUGAGUCCGCCGAGGACGCCAACCCUGCAGGUGCUCUAGAAGAAAUUCUUGAAAAUCCAGAGCGGCUGAAGGACUUGGAUUUGGAUGCCUUUGCAGAAGAACUUGAAAGACAGGGCUAUGGUGAUAAACACAUUACAUUGUAUGAUAUUCGUGCUGAGCUCAGUUGUAGAUACAAAGACCUCCGGACACCUUAUCGUUCAUCAAACCCUGAGGAAAUCUUCAACAUGCUUACCAGGGAGACACCGGAGACAUUCUAUAUUGGCAAAUUGGUUACCUGUAAUGUAACUGGUAUAGCUCACAGACGCCCACAAGGAGAAAGUUAUGAUCAAGCUAUUCGUAAUGACGAGACAGGACUUUGGCAGUGUCCAUUCUGUCAACAGGAUAACUUUCCAGAGCUCAGUGAGGUAUGGAAUCAUUUUGACAGCGGUUCCUGUCCUGGUCAAGCGAUCGGUGUGAAAACGAGGUUGGAUAAUAGUGUUACUGGCUUCAUUCCAACUAAGUUUAUCAGUGACAAAGUGGUGAAGCGGCCUGAAGAGCGAGUAAAGGUGGGUAUGACAGUCCAUUGUCGGAUAAUGAAAAUCAACAUUGAAAAGUUCAGCGUUGACUUAACAUGCCGCACAUCUGACUUAAUGGAUAAGAACAAUGAAUGGAAACUGCCUAAGGAUACGUACUAUGACUUUGAUACCGAAUCUGCACAUCACAAACAAGACGAAGAGCUCAAGAAAAAACAGCAGCGAACAACUUACAUAAAACGUGUCAUCGCACACCCUUCAUUCCACAAUAUAAACUUUAAGCAAGCCGAGAAGCUGAUGGAGACCAUGGACCAGGGAGAUGUCAUCAUCCGACCAAGCAGCAAAGGGGAAAAUCACCUAACCGUGACAUGGAAGGUGAGCGAAGGCAUCUACCAGCAUGUAGAUGUGCGUGAGGAGGGCAAAGAGAAUGCUUUCAGCCUUGGAUCUACUCUCUGGAUAAACACUGAGGAAUUUGAAGACCUUGACGAAAUAAUCGCUCGCUUUGUGCAACCUAUGGCUUCUUUUGCAAGGGAUUUAAUAAACCAUAAAUAUUAUCAAGACUGUAACUGUGGAGACAAAAAGAAAUUAGAGGAGGUUUUAAUUAAAACAAAGAAGGAGAAGCCAACAUUCAUUCCAUAUUACAUCUCUGCCAGUAAAGAACUUCCUGGGAAAUUCUUAUUGGGAUAUCAACCACGUGCAAAACCAAGGGUUGAGUAUGUAACUGUUACACCAGAAGGAUACCGAUACAGGGGGCAGAUAUUCUCUUCUGUGAAUGGACUUUUCCGAUGGUUCAAAGACCACUAUCAGGACCCUGUUCCAGGUAUUACACCGAGCAGCAGCAGCAGAACCAGGACUCCGGCCUCCAUGAGUGCCACUCCUGCCAAUAUUAACCUUGCAGAUCUAACACGAGCUGUCAAUGCCCUUCCUCAAAAUAUGACCUCACAGAUGUUUAAUGCCAUUGCUGCUGUAACGGGACAGCAUGGGCAAAAUCCCAAUGCAACACCCGCCCAGUGGGCAUCUAGCCAGUAUGGUUUCGUGGGAGGCAGCGGAGGGGGAAGCAGUGCUUAUCAUGUCUUCACAACUCCAGCCCAGCAGCCUGUUGCCACUCCUUUGAUGACUCCAAGCUAUUCCUAUGCCACCCCAAGUCAGCCAAUCACAACUCCUCAAUACCAUCAGCUUCCUCCCAGUGCCACCCCCACCCCAGCACCUACUCCUCAAUCUUCUCACUCGCAGAGUUCCUCCAGUUCCAGUUCUAGACACAGGCAACAAUCCAAGUCAAACAGCCAUACUGCGAUCGAUUGGGGUAAAAUGGCAGAACAGUGGUUGCAGGAAAAGGAAGCAGAGAGGCGGAAACAAAAACAAAGGCUAACCCCGCGCCCAUCUCCCAGCCCCAUGAUUGAGAGUACACCAAUGUCAGUCGCAGGGGAUGCCACUCCACUACUGGAUGAAAUGGACCGAUAGGGCUGUUAACAUGUAAACAAAUAAACUUUCAAAAGGACAGAUGGAACUGUUACCCCUCACCCCAUUUUAUGUUUGGAUAUUAUGUAAAAUGGUUCCCUAGCUCACUAUUGAGCCUAAUAAUGUUAAAGGGCCACUGUGUGCAAGGCAACAAAUGAGAUGCUUGGACCUCCCGUGUGAAGCGUGCAUUUACUUGAAUACAAGAGAACUUUUUCUCUGUCACAGCAAGCCUCAGUAAUGAAUGGAUUCCAUAUUGUAGCAAUUUCCCUUCCUACAGAAGGGUUAACUAACUACACACCAAAAAAAACGCAAAAAUGACCAUGACGGGAAGUAAAAAAGAUAUCCCUGUGAUUAACAGUUUUUAUGAGCUAUGUUUUAAACCCAGAAUGGGCAUCUGUUUUAUUUCUAAGCAUUGUGUAUUCGGCCAAAGAAUGCGCAAAAAAAAAAAAAAAAAACCUAUGUGGAGGUCUGAAACAAAGAUCUCGUGUCUCUUCACCGGAAUGUGCUGAAUGAUCAGACACUUUACAUAUAAGGGCUGGCGGGAAACUGCUUGGUAAACUCACUUGCUUAAAGAUGGUUUGUUUUCCCUCUGCCAAUGUGUUCUCUAAUAGCAGCUACCUUUUAAGAUGAAUACGCAUGACGCCAUCAGAGCCAAUGGAUGACCGUGUCAGUUCUGAGAUGAUAGGAAGGGACUUGCCAAACUGGUCCUUGACGGGUUAAUACAAUAAGUAAUGAAUGCCGGUCUGUUAUCUGAUUGGAUCUAUGGGUAUAUGUAUUUAUUAUAUAUUUUUUUGUUUAUUAUCUUCAUUUCCCCACUUUACUGCUUUGAGCAGCUAGCAGGAGGGUUACUGCUGUGAGGGUGCAAGAAUGCCAUUAUAACUCUGAUAGAUGUGGCUUUUCUUUUAUCUUUACCAUUGCAGCUUGAAGGUGUCUGGAAUUUAACUUUGUGCACAUUGCAAAAUUUUUUUUUUUUUUUUUUUCCCCUGUAAUUUUAUUAUUUUUCUUUUCUCUUUUUUUUUUUUUGUUUUGUAAUUGCACCGGAGCCAACAAAUAAAAUGUCUGGAUACUGAAAAUUUGA